AUGGAGUCAUCGCACAGCAUUUUUUCACAAAAAAAGGGAGGAAAGAAAGGCAUAAAAAAGGCAACAAAUGGUAGAAAAGAAAAGCGUAGAAUGGCGAUGGGGGCCGAAGGGACAAGACGGAGAAACGUCAAUAAGAAUAGUAUAAGGUGUCUGGAUGUAAUAAUAGGCCAAAUCCAAAAUCGAAUCCUUCCGUACCCGGGGCCAAAGAUUCAAAUUUCCAUGGUCAAGACUGUUCGGGAUAGGGGGGAUUAUUGGAUUGUCACCCUGAGACGAAGAGUGGCGUCUUUCGAUCCCGUUGCCAUGCCAGCUUAA